ACCAAUGCGAAGUAUUUUUUGAGAUGUUUUCUAAUAUUUGUAGAUUAUUAUUAUGUAAAAUAGUGAAAACGCCCAAUCAGGCGCUACUGGAAAUUGUAGUGAGUGGACCAAUAGUUUUUGAGCCUUUUACAAUACAAUGUAGAGGCCACUCGAAAAAGACAGUAAGUGGCUUCACUUCGAACAGGGUGAAAGGCAUCGAUCAUCUGAGAGAUCCAAGACUAAAUAAGGGUCUGGCUUUUACACUGCAAGAGCGUCAGGCUCUAGGUAUCCAGGGGCUGUUGGCAGCGAGAUACAAAACGCAGAAGGAGCAGGUGGACAUCUGUAGACUCUCCUUGGAUCGAUACGAGAAUGAUUUGAACAAAUACAUUUAUCUUACAGAAUUGCAGGAUCAUAAUGAAAAACUUUUCUUCAGACUUCUCUCGGAAAAUGUUGAGAGAUAUAUGCCUAUUGUGUACACACCGACCGUUGGCCUGGCUUGCCAGAGAUUUGGUUUGGUCUACAGAAGAAUCCGGGGUCUUUUCAUCAACAUCCAUGAUAAGGGGCACGUAGAGCAAAUAUUAAAUAACUGGCCAGAACGCAACGUGCGUGCCAUUUGUUUCACCGACGGCGAGAGGAUUUUAGGCCUCGGUGAUCUAGGUGCCUACGGGAUGGGCAUCCCGGUUGGCAAGCUUGCUCUGUACACAGCUUUAGCUGGGAUAAAACCUCACCAGUGUUUGCCGAUUACGUUGGACGUAGGAACUGAUAAUCAGAGUCUUCUAGAAGAUCCUCUAUACAUCGGCCUUCGUCAAAAGAGAGUAAGAGGGCAGGAGUACAGCGACUUCCUUGAUGAAUUUAUGGAGGCCUGCGUCAGAAGAUAUGGACAGAACACCCUUUUACAGUUUGAAGAUUUCGCUCUAGUGAACGCGGAGCCUCUUCUCUCGAAGUACCGUGACAAGUACUGCACAUUCAACGACGACAUCCAGGGCACUGCCAGCGUGGCGGUCGCGGGCCUUUUGGCCGCCACUCGGGCCACUAAGAGGAGUAUAAAGGACAACGUCAUUAUGUUCCUUGGCGCGGGAUCUGCGGCAAACGGAAUAGCAAAUCUAACUGCACAAGCGAUGGUGGAGGAGGGAUUGCAGCUUAAAGAAGCACAGGGCAAAAUAUACAUGUUCGACAUAGACGGCCUCCUCACGUCGAAGAGAGAGGGCGGUGUCCCCGCCCAUGCCAAGAACUUUGGCAAGGAUUGCGAGCCAGAGAAAGAUUUUCAAAAAGCUGUGGAGAAAUUCAAACCCACUUGCCUAAUCGGUUGUUCCACCGUCGGCGGGGCAUUCACGCCGGCCAUAUUACAACAAAUGGGCAAGAAUAGCGACAGACCAAUUAUUUUUGCUCUGUCGAACCCGACAAGCAAAGCGGAGUGUACCGCGCAAGCGGCUUAUGAUAAUACGGAGGGCCGAUGUGUCUUCGCAUCGGGCUCUCCGUUCCCACCGGUGGAAUACGGCGGCAAAACGUACCUCACCGGUCAGGGAAACAAUGCUUACAUCUUCCCCGGAUUGGCUCUUGGAGUCUUAGCCACGAUGUCCCAUAACAUUCCUGAUAGCAUGUUCCUGGGGGCUGCUAGGGCGUUGGCGAAUUUUGUGAGCGAAUCCGACCUGGAAAAAGGCCGUAUUUACCCCGCCUUGUCUCAAGUGAGGGAAGUUUCGUAUGCGAUUGCCAACGCGAUAGCUAAAAUGGCCUAUGAUCUGGAUGUAGCCACAGUGUACCCGAUGCCGCAAGACCUGACCGCCUUCAUAAAGUCUCACCUCUACGACUUUGGCUACGAAACCUACCUGCCGGAAUUCUACGACUACCCCGAACUACCUUCUGUCAACGUCAAGAGCAUAGAAGAAGUUUAUCAAUCAAUAACGUUGAGAGAAGAAGGCGAAGAAGAAGUAGAAUUUGAGCUUUGAUUUAAGAACAAUUGGUACUAAGUAAAUCUGAACUCCCACAACUGAAAACUGACUUCUCUAAAUUGUUAAGUCCGUUUUAACUAUGGACCGGAAAGUUGGUUACACGUUUACUGUUAUAUUACCCCUAUUAAUAUUUUUGAAGUAAAGUGUUAAUAAUUU